GCAAGAGAAUGGACUGAGGUAGGCCUGAGGCCAUGAAGGAGGCUGGUCUUUGUUGGAGGCGGGACUGCACGGAGCGAGUCUCCCAGGGGCUGCGGCUGCACUAGCUCCCUGAAAAUCCUUCCCAGUUCCACAGCGGUCACGCGUUCCGUCCUCACCAUGUUCCUGCUGCUGGGGCUGUGCCUGGGGCUGCCUCUCUUCUCGGAGUCCCAGCAAGAGGCACGCAGGUGGGAUGACACCUCGGAGCAAGUGGCUCUCAGGGUCCCCAGGCAACCCAGGCUGUUGCAGAGGCUGAAAACCAAGCCCUUGAUGGCGGAGUUCUCCGUGAAGUCUACCAUCAUUUCUCAUUACGCCUUCACCACGGUCUCCUGCAGAAUGCUCAACAGAGCUUCUGAGGACCAGGACGCGGAGUUCCAGAUGCAGAUCCCAGCAUCGGCUUUCAUCACAAACUUCACCAUGCUUAUAGGAGACAACGUGUAUCACAGUGAAAUCACAGAGAAAGAAAAGAAAAGCAGUGAUAGGAUAAAAGAAAAAAGAAACGACACCGCAGACGAUAAUGAGGAGAAGAGGACGGACAUGUUUAAAGCCUCUCUAGUGAUUCCCAGCAAGGACAAAGCCGCCUUCCUCCUCAGUUAUGAAGAGCUCCUGCAGAGGAGGCUGGGCAAAUACGAGCACGUCAUCAGCGUGCGCCCCCAGCAGCUGGUGGGGAGGCUGACUGUGGAGGUGAACGUUCUGGAGAGGUCGGGCAUCACAUCCUUGGAAGUGCUGCCUCUUCACAACAGCAAGAAGAAGGGCAGCGUGAAGGCAGAAGGUGAUUUGGGUCCUCCCCCUUCUACUGUCAUCAACCAAAAUGAAACUUUUGCCAAAGUUGUUUUUAAGCCUACUGUGGUCCAACAAGCUAAGAUUGCCCAGAAUGGAAUUUUGGGGGAUUUCAUCAUUCGAUAUGAUGUCAAGAGAGAACAGAACAUCGGGGACAUCCAGGUUCUAAACGGUUACUUCGUGCACUACUUUGCUCCUAAAAACCUGCCUCCUCUACCCAAGAAUGUGGUUUUCGUGCUUGACAUCAGUGCCUCCAUGGUGGGAGUGAAACUCCAGCAGACCAGGGAAGCCCUCGUCACAAUCCUCAAUGACCUCCGGCCCCAGGAUCGUUUCAAUAUGAUUGGGUUCUCCAACCGGAUUAAAAUGUGGAAGGACCACUUGCUACCAGUGACUCCUGACAACGUUAGGAACGCCAAGGUCUACAUGUACCACCUGUCACCCACUGGAGGCACAGACAUCAAUGGGGCCCUGCAGACCGCCAUCAGGAUGCUCAACAGCUAUGUGGCCCAGAAUGACAUCGAAGAUCGGAGUGUGUCCCUCAUCAUCUUCCUCACCGAUGGAAAACCCACCUUUGGGGAGACCAGCACCCUCAAGAUUCUCAGCAAUACCAAGGAAGCCGCUGGAGGCCAGAUCUGCAUCUUUACCAUUGGCAUUGGCAAUGACGUAGACUUCAGACUGUUAGAGAAACUUUCUCUGGAGAACUGCGGCCUCACGAGACGUGUUCUUGAGGAGGAGAAGGCAGGGGCCCAGCUCAUCGGGUUCUACGAUGAAAUCCGGACACCGCUUCUUUCUGACAUCCGCAUAGAUUACCCUCCUAACAUAGUAGAGCACGCCACCAAAACCCUGUUCCCCAACUACUUCAAUGGCUCUGAGAUCGUCAUCGCCGGGAAGAUGGCAGACGGGAAGUUUGAUCAGCUGCAUGUCGAGGUCACUGCCAGCAACAGUAAGAAAUUUGUCAUCCUGAAAAAAGACAUCCCUGUGGGGUCCCAGAAGCUGGGGAAUGACGUCACAGUCACCCCUGACUCCGCCCGCGAUGGCGGGGAGGGUCCCAACCACAUCGAGCGUCUUUGGAGCUACCUCACCGUGAAGGAGCUGCUGAGCGCCUGGCUGCAGAGCAACAGUGAACAGGAGAAGGAGCAGCUGAGGCAGAAGGCCCAGGCUUUAGCCUUGAACUACCACUUCCUCAUCCCCUUCACCUCCAUGAAGCUGAAGAAGCCACGGCUCCACACAGACCGCCUGGGGGACACCCACGGCAUGUCGGCAGCCACAGGACCGGAGACUGUGGUGCAGAGCCUGCGAGGAGCGGGCGUGCAGCCAGAACCUGCUCUCAAGAAGCCGUAUAACCCAAGAAUUAAAAUCUCAAAAACAUCAGUGGAUGGAGACCCUCAUUUUGUUGUGGAUUUCCCCCUAAGCAAGCUCACCGUCUGUUUUAACAUUGAUGGAGAGCCUGGGGACAUCCUGCGGCUUGUCUCCGAUCACCGGGACUCUGGUGUGACUGUGAACGGAGAGCUUAUUGGGGCCCCAGCACCUCCGAAUGGCCACAAGAAACAGCGCACAUACUUCCGCACCAUCACCAUCCUCAUUAACCGGCCCGAGAGAUCUUACCUUGAGAUCACACCCAACAGGGUCAUCCUGGAUGGUGGAGACAGGCUGGUCCUCCCCUGCAACCAGAGCGUGGUGGUGGGGAGUCGAGGACUGGAGGUGUCGGUAUCGGCCAAUGCCAAUGUCACGGUCACCAUCCAGGGCACCAUUGCCUUUGUCAUCCUCAUUCACCUCUACAAGAAGCCAGCACCCUUCCAGCGAAACCACCUGGGCUUCUACAUUGCCGACAGCAGAGGCCUGUCCAGCAGUUGCCAUGGACUGCUAGGUCAGUUCCUGAACCAGGAUGCCCAACUUAUAGAAGCUCCUGCAGUAUUCGGCAAGAAUCUUAGUGACCAGCCAUCUCCUCAGACAGAAGAGACACCUGAGGCUAUCCUAAAGGUGAAAGGACGCCAAGUUCCAGUUAUCUGGAAACAAAGGAAGAUUUACAAUGGGCAAGAGCAGGUAGACUGCUGGUUUGACAGAAACAACGCAGCCAGGCUGAUUGACGGCGUGUAUAAGGACUACCUGGCUUCUCAUCCAUUUGACACAGAGAGUACACUGGACCAGAGCGUGUCCAGGAGAGCUGAGACUGGCAGCCUUCAUGGGGAGAGUAUCUAA